AUGACACGAUAUUUUCCUAAUAUCAUCACGCGUCCCUUCAGAGCGCUUUGCCAGUCACCCUGGGUGCCCCCGUCCGCCAUUCCACCCCGAAUUGACACGUCUUUGCUGGUUGAAGAAGAGAACUCUCCCUUCUACAAAACAUCCUAUUUUUAUCCGGCUCGGAUUGGCGAACUUUUGAAUGGUCGAUAUCAAAUUGCGACCAAGCUUGGUCACGGAAGCAGAUCAAAUGUGUGGCUUGCAAGGGACCUUCACCAAUGGCGCUGGCUGAAGGAGCGAUAUGUGGCUAUUAAAAUCAACGCUAACAGACUGCACACACGAAAAGAUGCUGGCGGUGUUGAACUGGAAUCUCUGCGACUUAUCGCAAGUGCGAAUCGAUGGCAUGAGGGCUGGUAUUUUGUUCGACAAUUACUUGACUCAUUUUCAGUCCAGGGAAUCACAGGAAAUCAUGUAUGUCUCGUUUUUGAGCCUUUAAGUGAAACACUGGAGAGAUAUUGCAAAAGAUGGCGAGGUGGUGCGAUGCCUCCGGAGAUUUUCAAAAUAAUCCUCCAAGAGAUACUCCAAGGGCUUGAUUAUCUCCACGCGGAAUGUCAUCUCGUCCAUACUGAUUUGAAGCCGGAUAACAUCAUGGUACGACUGGAAGAUCCUGAUAUCCCGGCCCAGGCUGCUCAGGAUGAAUUCGAAAACCCACUACCGCAGAAGCAUUGCGAUGAUGGACGGAUCAUCUAUGUGUCUCGUAGAGACUACGGGCCGCUGAAAAAAAUCACCGGAUUGAUUGAAAUUACCGACUUCGACCUAGCAGUUCGAGGUGAUGUUCGGCAGGAGGGUUGUAUCCAGGUCGAGAUUUAUCGUGCACCCGAGGUCAUCCUGGACAGAGGAUUCACUUACAGUGCUGACAUAUGGAGCUUGGGGGGUUAUGGUACAUAUCCUCACUUCCCUCUACUAGCGCAAAUCACUGACAACCGAAUGAAGCUAUGGGAUUUUCUAGAAGGACGAACUCUCUUUGAAUCAGUUGAUGGCCGCAUCGUUGAAGAAUAUGAUGACGAAACGCAUCUUGCGUACAUAACAUCACUUUUAGGUCCCGCCCCAGAAGACUUCGUUGAAUCUGGCAAAAGGACAUCUAUCGACUUUAGCUUCGAAAGCACUCUCUCCAAAUUCAAUGGGGAAGAGAAGAAGGGAUUUAUUGACUUCGUGAAACGGAUGAUCAAGUGGAACCCAGAAGAGCGAAGCACAGCGAAGGAGCUACUGAAGGACCCUUGGCUUCAUGAAGACUAUCCGCAAGAAUGA